AUGGACAACGCAAACUUGACACUUCCAUUGAAAGGAAAGGAAGGAGGAUGGUGUCAACCCAUCGUCACAAAAACACGGUUGGGAUGGAUCAUACACGGUGGAACUGAAUCACAGGAAGAACUUGUAGGCUAUCAUAGUCCCCAAAGGUGUCUCUGUAGCGGAAUAAAUGAUACUGUACUGCAGCAGACGGUGAACGAGUCUUUCUCACUUGAAAACGUAGGAAUUUUCAAACCAAAGCAGUCUCUUGCAUCAACUGAGGACCAACGGGCUGCAGAUAUAUUGAAGACUGUCAAACAAACCGAAAACGGACACUACGUUUCUCGGCUGCUCUGGAAGUAUGAUGAGUUCCACCUUCCGAAUAGUAAACCUAUGGCUUUACAGCGAUUUCGUUGCCUAGAGUCGCGUCUGAAGAAAGAUCCUGAGUUAGCAGCAAUACUCCGAACGAAAAUCGAAGAGUACCUGGAAAAGGGUUAUGCCCGCAAGCUGAUGGAGGCCGAAUUAGCAGAAACGCGGCAACGGAUAUGGUAUCUCCCGAUCUUUCCGGUCUUCAAUCCGAACAAGCCGGGGAAGGUGCGCAUCGUUUGGGAUGCAGCAGCUAAAACCAAUGGUGUGUCAUUAAAUUCGAUGAUGUUAACUGGACCAGAUCAACUAACAUCCCUCCUAUCGGUACUCAUCCAGUUUCGAGAAAAUCGGGUAGCGAUUUGCGGUGAUUUAAGAGAGAUGUUCCACCAGGUUAGGAUUUCGGAAGAGGAUCAAAACUGCUUACGUUUUCUUUGGAGAGAAAACCCGUCGGAUGCAGAACCCAGUACCUACGUAAUGCAGGUAAUGACGUUCGGGGCUUGUUGUUCUCCCAGUUGCGCCCAAUACGUCAAAAACUUAAACGCUGAGAAGCAUGGAGGGCAGUACCCGAAGGCAGCUAAUGCAAUCAUCAAGAACCACUAUGUGGACGAUAUGCUAACGAGUACGGAGUCAGAGGAAGAGGCGAUCCAGUUAGCUCGUGAAGUACGACACGUCCACGCUCAGGGCGGAUUCGAGAUACGUAACUGGAUAUCGAACUCACCAGUGGUUCUCAACGCUUUGCAAAAGGAACGGAUCGAUGAGAAGAGCCUGAAUCUAGGGUCCGAACUAGCUACGGAGAAGGUUCUUGGCUUGUGGUGGUGUACCGCAACGGAUACGCUCACGUUCAAACUUUCACCGAAGCACGAUGAGCAUCUGUUAUCGGGAAAACGUCGACCUACCAAGAGAGAAGUGUUGCGGACCUUGAUGACCAUCUUCGACCCUCUGGGAUUGCUGUCGCACUUGUUAAUCUUUCUCAAAAUUCUACUGCAGGAGAUAUGGCGCUCAGGAGUUGGCUGGGACGACGAAAUUCCUGAUGCUCUUAAUGAGAAAUGGGAAAAAUGGUUAAAGGUUCUUCCAUCGGUACGGGAUGUACGUGUGCCGAGAUGCUACCGACUGCUCGUGUCAAACGGUCCGGAAACAAAUGUGCAGUUGCACACAUUCGUCGAUGCCAGUGAGGAUGGUUACGCAGCCGUAGUGUAUCUACGAUUCCAGCAAGGCAACCACAUAGAGUGUUCAAUCGUUGCGGCGAAAUCACGGGUGGCCCCUCUAAAGUUUGUUUCGAUACCGAGGCUUGAACUUCAAGCGGCGGUUACAGGAGCGCGGCUAGCGAAUAUGGUGACCAAUAGUUUAUCAUUCAAGGUGAACGAACGGUACUUUUGGACUGACUCUCGUGACGUGCUGUGCUGGAUCCGGUCCGAUCACCGACGAUAUUCGCAGUUUGUCGCCUUUCGUGUCAGCGACAUCUUGGAAACCAGCGAAAUUGCGAACUGGAGGUGGGUCGGCACAAAGCAGAAUGUGGCGGAUGAAGCAACCAAGUGGCAACGUCUGCCGGAUCUUGGAAAUGACAGUCGAUGGUUUAAGAGUCCGGAGUUUCUAUGGCAAGAACGCGACAAUUGGCCAGUUGAACCAUUUACAACUGGAACUACUAAGGAAGAGAUACGUUCCAACUUAUUUCAUCAUAGAGUUGUCAUGAAACCAUGUAUCAACGCAGAGUACUUCAGCAACUGGAAACGAUUGGUUGGUACAGUAGGUUUCGUGUUUCGAUUUCUGUGUAACUGUCGGAGCAAAGUAACGGGAAUCCAUCGUAAGCUCGGCCCCCUAUCCAGCAUGGAAUUACAGCAAGCAUCGAACUACCUCUUCAGAGAAGCGCAGAGAGAAUCAUUUCCAGAAGAAGUGGCCAUUCUUUUAAAUAGAAAUGGUACAACAAAGGCGCUCCCUAAGCAGAGCGCAAUAUACACGAUGAAACCAUUCUUAGACGAGAAUCAGUUGAUGCGAAUGUUUGGUAGAAUUAGCAGGUGCGAGUAUGCCACAAUGGACGCGCAGAAUCCUGUCGUUCUCCCGAAAGAUCAUCACAUCACGAAGCUACUUGUUCGAGACUACCAUGAACGUUUCCAUCAUUGUAAUCAUGAAACCGUGAUUAACGAACUGCGACAGAAAUUCAGGAUACCGAAACUGCGAGUUGUAUAUCGAAACGUUAGGCUGGCGGCCUUCUGCAGACCGUUCACGUUCGUAGGCGUGGAUUACUUUGGCCCUAUCAUGGUAGCGCUAGGGCGAAGAUCGGAAAAACGAUGGGGCGUACUUGUGACAUGCUUGACGACACGAGCAGUGUACAUAGAGGUCGCACACACACUAAAUGCGGAAAAAUGUGUUAUGGCGAUCAGGAAUUUUAUGGUCAGACGUGGCGUUCCGAAUCAAAUAUUCAGCGACCGUGGCACGAAUUUCACGGCAGCAAACAAGGAGCUCGGGGCGGCUCUGGCAGAGCUAGAUCAGGAGAAAAUUGUGCAGGAAAUUGUCAGUCCCAACACUGAAUGGUGUUUUAUUCCUCCAGCGUCUCCCCACAUGGGUGGGUCGUGGGAAAGACUAAUCCAAUCUGUAAAGCGUAACCUAGAACAAGUUCGCCCACGAUGUUAUCUCAGUGAUGAAGUCCUUCGGAAUCAGUUGAUCGAGAUAGAAGGCACAAUUAACUCACGUCCACUAACACAUGUACCGGCAGAUGAUCCAGAUGCUCCUGUUCUCACGCCAAACCACUUUAUUCUGGGUUCAUCUAGUGGGCUUAAACCGGCUACUUUACUCGACGACAGUGCUCUGGCAUUGAAACGUUCUUGGCGUAAUUCGCAGGUGGAGGCGAACAUCUUUUGGCGUCGGUGGGUUCGCGAUUACAUGCCAGACCUCACAAGGCGCACAAAAUGGUUCAGCGAGGUAAAAGCAAUCGAGGUGGGAGACAUUGUGGUCAUUGUAGAUCCAGACCAUCCGCGGAACUGCUGGCCCAAGGGGCGGAUCAUCUCCGUGAAUAGAGGCAAAGAUGGCAAGGUGCGAUCGGCGGCUGUCCAAACAGCGAUCGGAGGUGUGUAUGAACGUCCAGCGGUCAAGCUGGCAGUGCUUGAUGUUCGACGCGAUGAGCAGGGGCGGAGAACAACGGCUAAUAUUGAUGCGCAGGAUGUUCAUGACAUAGACCGAGAUGAUAGUGAGGGUUAA